AUGCCCCAGAACGAGUACAUUGAGCGCUGGCAAAAGUUGCAUGGCAAGAGGCUUGACCAUGAUGAACGUCUCAGGAAGCGCGAGGCCCGUGAGGGGCACAAACGAUCCGAGCAGUCGCAGAAUUUCAGAGGCCUGCGGGCCAAGUUGAUGCACGAGAAGCGACGUGUUGAGAAGAUUCAGAUGAAGAAGCGCAUCAAGGCCCACGAAGAGCGCAACGUCAAGGCAGCCGACAACAGCGAUCCGUCCACACCCUUGCCACCCUACCUCCUCGACCGUAACGACCCGCAGAAUGCGAAAGCGCUGGCUUCGUCCAUCAAGGACAAGCGAAAUGAGAAGGCCGCCCGCUUCUCGGUGCCGCUGCCGAAAGUGCGUGGCAUUUCCGAGGAGGAGAUGUUCAGCGUCGUCAAGACGGGCAAGAAGACACACAAGAAGGCUUGGAAGAGGGUCAUCACCAAACCCACCUUUGUCGGCAACGAUUUCACACGUUCAAACCCCAAGGUCGAGCGCUUCAUUCGACCUAUGGGACUCCGUCAGAAGACCGCACAUGUCAGCCAUCCGACACUCGGCGUCACCCUGAAAUUGCCCAUUUUGGGAGUCAAGAAGAACCCUCAGGAUCCCAUGUACACCAGACUCGGCGUUCUCACAAAGGGAACCGUCAUCGAGGUGAAUGUGAGCGAACUGGGCAUGACCACAGCCGGUGGUAAAGUCGUGUGGGGUAGAUAUGCACAGAUCACAAACAACCCAGAGAACGAUGGCACGGUGAACGCGCUGCUUCUGGCUUAA